AUUAACAUUACUCAAUGCAGCAAUAAUCAGCUAAUUAAUAGGAAUUAAAAUAAAUUUUUCAACUUUUCUCAUAAGAAAACUCUGAUGAAAUCAAUAUUUAAUAGAUAAACCAAUUAAUUAAGGAAUUAGAGACAAUAAAUUAAGAUUAAUAAUAGAUCAGCGUACCUUAUCAACAUGGCCGAAAAUUAGUCAAAAAAAUUAGUUCAACUGAUAAUUUUGAAGAAAUUCCAAAGGAUUCCUCACCUAAAUCCCCUACUUAUGUUUCUGUUACAGAAUUGAAGUAUAAAUCGUUUAAAUAUAGAUAUUUCCCAAAUAACAAAACUACUAUGCAUUUUUCAGAUUUUUAAGAAUUAUACAACGAAUGCAUGUCCAAUAAAGAUUAGCAUGAUGAAUUACUUGAAAGUGCAUUUUCUGUCUUUGACUUUGACAAAUGUGGUACAAUAGAUUCCAAAAAAAUAAGAAAGGUCUUCUCUAAAUUUAAGGAUAACACCAGCGAAGAAGAAAUUUAAAGUAUGGACAUAGUAUGACUAAAAUAGAUGUUUUAAAAUUUUGUGGAGUACUUCAUGACUAAAUGUCUUUGUAAGAAUUUAAAGAGUUUUUUAAAAAGAAUUUAUGA